CCACUGGGCCGCACUGUAGCGUGAGGGAGGAGGCUCCCUGGUCCCUGGGGUGACUGCACGGGGAGGCGGGAGCUGGGCACCACCUCUCCUCCCUGCUGGCAAAUCCGCAGAGGCCUCCGCAGCAGCCACCCACCUUCCCUGGCCCCCUCCUCACCCCGCCUCCCCUCUGCGCCUGAUGGUACGCUCCUGUCUGCCGGCUGCAGUGGAUGUUGCUAGAACCCACGGGGAGGAAGGAAGAGACACAGGCAGGCUGCGGUCAUCCAAGCGGCUGCCCCUGCCGCAGGGAGCCCUUCCCAGAGCGAGGACACCAUGACCCAGGGAAAGCUCUCCGUGGCUAACAAGGCCCCUGGGACCGAGGGGCAGCAGCAGGCAGCCGGUGAGAAGAAGGAGGCUCCAGCGGUGCCCUCGGCCCCCCCCUCCUAUGAGGAGGCCACCUCUGGGGAAGGGCUGAAGGCGGGGCCCUUCCCCCCAGCCCCAUCAGCUGUGCCUCUCCACCCCAGCUGGGCCUACGUGGACCCUAGCAGCAGCUCCAGCUAUGGGCACGGGUUCCCUGGAGAUCACGAGCUCUUCACCACCUACAGCUGGGAUGACCAGAACGUUCGCAGAGUCUUCAUCAGAAAGGUCUAUACCAUCCUACUGAUCCAGCUGCUGGUGACCUUCAGUGUUGUGGCUCUCUUUACCUUCUGCGACCCCGUUAAAGACUAUGUCCAGGCCAACCCAGGCUGGUACUGGGCGUCCUAUGCUGUGUUCUUCGCCACCUACCUGACCCUGGCCUGCUGUUCUGGACCCAGGAGGCAUUUCCCCUGGAACCUGAUUCUCCUGACCAUCUUUACCCUGUCCAUGGCCUACCUCACUGGGAUGUUGUCCAGCUACUACAACACCACGUCCGUGCUGCUGUGCCUGGGCAUCACGGCGCUCGUCUGCCUGUCCGUCACGCUCUUCAGCUUCCAGACCAAGUUCGACUUCACCUCCUGCCAAGGUGUGCUCUUCGUGCUCCUCAUGACCCUUUUCUUCAGCGGACUCAUCCUGGCCGUCCUCCUGCCUUUCCAAUACGUCCCCUGGCUGCACGCAGUGUAUGCUGUGCUGGGAGCAGGCGUGUUUACACUGUUCCUGGCAUUCGACACCCAGUUGCUGAUGGGUAACCGACGCCACUCACUGAGCCCCGAGGAGUAUAUUUUUGGAGCCCUCAACAUUUACCUGGACAUCAUCUACAUCUUCACCUUCUUCCUGCAGCUUUUUGGCACCAACCGGGAUUGAAGAGCCCUUCCCACUCCCUCCUUCCUUCGGAAAAUGCCCCUUGCUGGUUCUCUGACCCUCCCUGUGGUCUUGCAAGCCCAGAUAUAAAAUUAGCUGCCAGCCCAGCCUGUGGCCACCCACUCCCGCCCUCAGCCCCUCCCCCUGCCCCCAGCUUGACCUGAUGGCACCAGUCCCCUUGCAGCCUCCCGCUAGGACAACUCCCAAACCGCCAUAGCCGAGGAAGAGGCUCCUCUGGGUUUGAGCCCCCCAGGGAUGAGGGGCAGAGCCAAGCAGGGUGUCAGCUGUGGGACACAGACCCCAGGAAGCCUGACUGAGACCCACACCCCCAAAGUCACUCCACCUAGACUGCACAUCCGUGUGGCCUUGACUUCCUCUGCCAUGGCCGGUCCACCCCUUUCUCGUUCCUUCCAGGUCAGGCAUUGGCACACGGUAAGGAGCAUGGUGGGAAGACAGCUAGGAGGUAGGGACGUGGGAGGACAGUGCCCCAGGCCGCCCGCCGUGCUGUCCCCACUCUGGGGCCAGUCAUUUUUCUAGGCACUUUGUGAACCAAGAACGGUGGGAGAGGGCAGGAAGCAGUGCCAUCUGCUCCGGCCUUGGUUUACCCUUCGGGUCGUGAUCGAGCACUGCUAGGCCAGGAGGUAGGGGCUGGAGGGCCUGCUGCUAGCUGGAGACUGUCCCAGAACUCUAGGGCCGAGGGAGCCGGACAGCCAGCAGGGAGGCCUGGGUUCUGCAACACUCACCCGCAUCCGCGGGCCUUUGGGGUUCCCAGGACUGAGACCUACUUCCUCUCACCUCACAGGCCAAGACGGGGCUUGGGCCCUAGAGGUCUGGGUGUUCCGAAGACAGGAGGAUUAUUCUAGUCAAGUCAGCCCCAUCUGGAGGGAAUCCUUCCCUGCCCCCAGCCCUCCCCCUCGGCCUUUCUUGUUCCCCAGACCCUCUCCAUCUGCUCCCUCUUGCUGGCUCCUCCCCAGUCAGCAAACAGGCUUCAUUUGGCAGUACCUGUGCCCCUUACCCAUAUCCCAUCCCUUCUCCUAGCCACUGCGAGUCCUAAGGCCCCUCCGUCCUAAGCCCCCUCCGCUCCUUAUCUCAGCAAUCCCGUUGGAAGCCAUCCAGCUGCUGUUAAUGUUAACACCAGCCAGCCCUUCCAGCACGUCCCAUGUGACCAGGUCCAGUCUCCUUAUCAGCCUUCAGGCGGCUGAGAUCUCAGCGGGUGCGUCAGCCACCCGCACCCCCUGCGGCCCUCUGGGCAGGUGGGGAGCACCAGCCAGCGGCUGAGAGCCCAGCCGCCAGCUCUGGGCCUGUGGAAAGUUACUGGGUGGGGCCGGGGAGGCUCAGAGCGGAUACCUGAGCCUGGACCCUCCCUUGGCCUCUCCCUCCAGGGCUGACUCUCUCUCCCUGUGCUGGGGGCUCGUAGGCCAGUGGGGAGGGUGGUUAGGUAUGUUACCCUUCCUCCUCCUCCAGCCUUCCUGCUCCCAGCUUUCAAGAAUACUGCGAAGCGUUCGAAGUCUUGUUCCAUCUUGGUAUCUGAGAAGAGAGGUGGCGGUGGUGUGUGAGCAGAGGCAGCUGGGCGCGUGGGUAGGGUGCCUCCUGUGUGCUAGUCACAAGUCACGCAUCACAGCGACCCCAUGAAGCUGUGCCCCGCACAGCUCCCCUGCAGAGGGAAGAGCUGAGGUGGUCGAGGGCUUGGCGCGUGGUGGUACAGCUGACAGGAGGUGUGGGGGGCCUAGAAGGAGCCUGGCGGUGUCCCCGAAGUGCUGUUCUAGUGUGCCCCUGGUCUUCCACUGCCCCAGCCCCCCAGCUACCACCAGCAGCUUUUACGCUCUGUAGUUCCCACCUUCUAGAUACAGCUGGAGGCAAGAUUCUGGUGUUUGGUUCCCAGCCUCGCUGCCAGCAGGUUCAUGGUUCUAGGCCAGUGUUUCUUGCCAUGAUGGCAGACUGUGGCCAGGGGGCAGAGAAAGCGGAACCAGGACAUGUUUCCAUCAACUUCAUUGUCCAGUUGAGGUCCCUUCCUGACCUCCGGCCUCAGUGCUAGAGGGCUUCUCCCUCCCCCUUCACCCUGCAACUGUCAGCCUGGGCCCUGGUCAUGCUCUCAGAAUCCACCUGUCCAAGUCCUCCUCUUCCACAACAGUUUCUGUAGCAACUGGGGACUGAAAGAUUUAUCCAGGAAUGAGCCCCAGAAGCUUGAGGGAGGCAGACCGUCAGGCCUGAGCAGUGUGCAGUGGUCCCUUGGGGGCAUCUUGAAGCAGAGGCCCCCCGGGGUCCAGAGAGGGGCCCCGGCCCCCCUGCAGAGCCAGGCCUGCCUCUCCUGUGCUCCCCUGCAUCAGGCUCCGAGGAGCUGGGAACACCUGGAUGGGACGGGGAGGAGGAAGGGCGGGAGACAGGAAUGCAGGAUUACCAGAAACUGAGAAGUUGAAGCUGGGCAGGCUCCCAAGCUGCAGAGGAGGAGGGGUGCCUGCUGGCCCCUCGCAUUUUUGGCAGGGGUGGGGUAGAGCCCGGAAGGGGUAAGUUUGGGUUUUUUAAAGCUAGAGGCUGCCAGGAAUAAAAUGCUCUGUGGCGCAAGGCUGGAGGCCUCCUAAUGGGGGGAGACAGACCAGGAGCUCCUUUCCUGGGGUUCACAGAUUGGGGGCCUAAGGCACAAGGGAGUCCCUGGCUGCCUGCUCCAAUUCCCAUGUGCACGUGUGGCCUGGGGAAGCCCCAGAAACCUCUGUCCCUCUAACCUCUGCUCCCCAGGGACUCGGGACCAGACAGACACCUUACUCCAAAAGGCUCUGCCUCUCCCUGGGGCCCGCUGGGGACAAGACCCAGGACCUGGCGCAGCUCCAUGGGCUGGAGAUUUACACCAGCACUUUGCUGCCCCUUAGUGGAUCCCGGAGGAAGCGCAGGGCCUGAUCCUGCAAGGGAGCGGGGCAGGGCUGCAGGCCGGAGGCUGCAGGCCGGAGGCUGCAGGCCGGAGGCUGCAGGCAGGAUUUGGCAGCUUUCUCAUUCCUAGCCCUCCUCGGACCCCCCUAGGCCUCCCUCCUCAUCAGCCCCUUGCUGUCCCCACUGUCGCGUCUCAGACGCAUUUACUGUCUGCUGGCAGCCCCAGCCUUUCUCCCCAGUGUCUGAAUGCAGGACAUGCCCUCAGACUGAACUCCUCCAACCUGGGGUUCGUGCCUGUCCCCUUCCCCGACCUCCCCUCCCUGGUUCUGGCUCAUGACUGGUGGGGGAGCAGAAUAAAAGUAACUCUGACACUUGACCACUUCCAUUGCCUUUUGCUUGUCCCCUGAGAUGGCACAGGGAGUCCACGUGUGAGGUGUAAGUCAGGCUUGGUGUGAAAGGUGCCAGUUCUCCCAGCACAGCUGUGUGCGAGUCAGGUCUCUACACUGGCCUUUCUGUGGGAAAAGCCCGCUGCCCUCCGGCUGGCACGCGCCCUUUGCAGACACUCUGGCCCUCGCACCUCAUAGUCCUGUCAGAGGGGCUGUCCUGGGAGCCUGUUCUCUUGUCUGUGGUUCUUAGAAGACUCUUCCUUAUUUUCACCCAAAAUCUGUUCUUCUAGAAGAUUCUGUUGUACCUGAAGGAUCCUCCAGAGUCAGAGCUCCAAGAGUCACCUCUUCUGUGAGGACUUGCCCUCCCCCAGGUGCCCCGGCUUCUCCCUCCUCAGAACCCCCCUGCACGGGUCUAGUUCUGUUUUAACUGCUUCUCUUGUCUCUGCUAUGAAACUCGAGCUCCUUGAAGGCAUGAACUAUGUCACCCUUGAAUUCACAGGAUUUAUGGCAAAUAGUCUCAAUAAACAGCUUUUGAAUGAA